GAUAGAUCAUGUGAGGAGCCGCCGUUCUUUAAUUCCCCUCUCUUCAAUCUUCAAACCAAAAAUUAAAAGAUUUUGAAACUUUGAAAAAUAUUGAAAGAAGAAAAAAAGAGAGAGAGAGAGAGAGAGUUUUGGUUUAUAAACGUUUAUUACACUUCUUCAAGUUAAUUAAUAAUCACUUCAUUACGUCUCUCUCUCUCUGUCUCUGGGUUUGGUUUAAAGUGCGUAUUUUUGUGGGUUUGCUUUUGUGGGGGUUUGAAUGGCGUCGACUGCUUCGAAAUUCAUCAAAUGUGUGACUGUUGGAGAUGGUGCCGUUGGAAAAACUUGUAUGCUCAUCUGCUACACUAGCAACAAAUUCCCUACUGACUACAUACCAACAGUUUUUGAUAACUUUAGUGCAAACGUUGUAGCUGAAGGCAUCACUGUCAACUUAGGCCUUUGGGACACUGCCGGUCAAGAAGACUAUAACAGACUAAGGCCUUUGAGUUACAGAGGAGCAGAUGUUUUUGUGUUGGCUUUCUCAUUGAUCAGCCGAGCUAGCUACGAGAAUGUAUUUAAGAAGUGGAUCCCUGAACUCCAGCGCUUUACACCAGGAGUCCCCAUUGUACUUGUUGGUACCAAAAUGGAUCUUCGUGAAGAUAAACAUUAUUUGUCUGAUCAUCCUGGACUGUCCCCAGUAACUACAUCACAGGGAGAGGAACUCCGCAAGCAUAUUGGAGCAACAUAUUACAUUGAAUGCAGCUCAAAAACUCAACAGAGUGUGAAAGCCGUAUUUGAUGCCGCUAUCAAAGUGGUAAUCAAACCAGUGGUGAAACAAAAGGAGAGGAAGAAGAAGCAAAAGCCACGCAAUGGAUGUCUCUCUAACAUUCUUUGCGGGAACCAUUGAUGACGCAACUCCAAUCUGAGGAUUGUUCAUUUCUUUUUUCUUUUUUUUUUUUUUCUGAUUGCCCUGUCAUAUACAUAGAGUUGGCAGGGAUAAAGCCUGAAUUCGAUAGUAGCUUCUUUGAUUAUGUUUGUAAAUGUGACCGUGAUGUUUGUUUUUUCCGAUUUUGGUUAUAUAGUUGUUUUCGCCAUUUUGGAG